ACGUGGUACAUGGACAUCCAUGCAGGCAGAGUGCUCAUGUACAAAAACUUAAAACAUACGUUUUUAAAAGGAAACUUCUGGAGAACAUUUUCUGGAGUAUCCUUUUAUAUUAGAGAAGGUGUGUGUCCCUGAAUGCUUGCUGCGCAUACAUUGUUUUAUCAUAGAGACCCCAUGAAGACCUGUGUGCUUGCUAACUGUGCACGUGUUUUUAUUAUCGAGAGCUCAUUAAAGAUUUAGUGGGAGGUAAGUUUGCGAAAUAAAUACCACCUGGCACAGUGCAAAAAUUCCUGUCAGACCCGUCUCCUCCUCAGAGUUGGUUUGUAUCUGUGUGUGUGCGCACACGUCCUUUUAAUGUGCUCGUUUAAGAUUCUACUGUUCAGGGGAAUAAAUGAGACCAUGAAAACUCAUAAAAUUAAGGUUACUGGCAUAGAAAAUAUAGUUGAUAUUUAUAACAGAAAUUCAUUUUUUUUGUCCUGUUCUGGGAAUUGAAUUUAGGGCCUCACACAUACCAGGAAAACCCUUUACCACUGAGCUAUACAACCCCAGCCCCAAAUGCAAUAUUCCUAACCGUUCACUACCAAGGUAUGAAUUUCAUCUCCAGGAUGCCUUAGGAACUCCAGCAAGAGUGCUGUGUUGACAUAAACAACAAAGCAGGAGCUCAGUGAGAAGGCUCGAUGGCCUCCCUCCCUCACCUACACUGUGGGUAGGAACUUAAGACCUUUAAGUCCACGAGGGGAAGGAGAUUGCAUUUGUCAGACAAAGCUAGACAGGAGUCAACCUGGGAAAGACAGAUACUAACGCAUAGGGAUGCUGUGCUCUCGCAUGGGGAGCUGAGGCGCGCAAGGACGAUGUUGAGGUAUUUUAAAGGCGACUAGAAAGAAGGAAAAAAAAAAAAGGAGCGCGAGCUUGGAGUAACGGAAAUAGAAACGUCCAAGGGCCACAGGAGAGGCCUGAGUAGGUCUGAUCUUUCCUGGUCUUACCAGUUGGGACAGCAGUGAGUUAGGGAGACAGGGACUGGUCUUUAGAGGGGAGCAAAGUACCAUUUACUAGCUCACACCACCCUGACCUUGGAAAAUGCCGGAGACUGCUUCAAGACCCAUAACCUGUCGGUUCACGGAGAUGAGGAGUGUUCCUUUUGGCUUCCCUUGUAUGGCAACCUAUGCUGUCGGCUAGUGGCCCAGCCAGCCUGCAUGGCUGAAGACGCAUUUGCAGGAUUCCUUAAUGAGCAGCAAACAGGAAAAGGUUUGGUUGGCUGGAGAAGGUUGUACUGUGCUCUGAGAGGGGGUAAACUCCGCUGUUUUUAUGGUCCAGAAGAAAUUGAAGCCAAAGUGGAACCGACUCUGGUGAUUCCUGUUGACAAGGAAACCAGGAUCCAGGCCAUGGAAAAGGAUUCAAAGAAAAUGCACUGCUUCUCCGUCCUCACCACGGCUGCUGGGCGAGCAGUGAGUCACAUCUUUGCGGCUGACGGCCUAGGAGACUUUCAAGAAUGGAUGGACGCUUUCCGGCAGCACCGCUUUGAUCUCAGCCACUGGAAGCAUUGUUGUGAAGAACUUAUGAGAAUUGAGAUUAUGUCACCACGGAAACCACCUUUGUUCCUGGCAAAGGAGGCGACUUCAGUGUAUCACGAUAUGAGCAUUGAUUCACCUGUGAAACUCGAAAGCGUGACGGACAUAAUACAAAAAAAAAUCGGAGAGACCAAUGGACAGUUCCUCAUUGGUCGGGAGGAGGAAUCCACAACACCCCCGUGGGCCUCAGUGUUUGAUGGCAGCCAUGAGAUGGUCAUCCAGAAGAAAGUCUUGUCCCCAGCAGGCAAACCAGCACCGGAUGGGAAAAGGAAAAAGAGACGUGCUCCCCUCCCUCCUAUGGAUCAGCCUCCCUUCAGUGUAAAGACACAAGGUAGCAUGGGUCAGUCCAAGGACAGCGAAGCCCAGGUCGGUGUCUCUGGGGCCCCAUCUUCAGAUCGCAGACUGUCACCGCCUACGCAUCACCUCCAGAAACCGGUGGCUGCCCCUCGCAAACUUCUCCCCACCAGGAAAAGCAGUUCAGAGGACAGCGGGCCCACAGAUGCUAAAACCAGUUUGGACGGGAAGCCAGUGCCAGCUCCAAGGCAGAAAUCCAUCAGAGACAUUCUGGACCCUCGAUCGUGGCUCCAAGCACAAGUGUAGGAAGCCUGUACUGUGUAAAUCCAGCUGUAAGGCUCGGUCAGAGGCAUUGUGAGUGUAAUGUUAGAUAAUUGUAGAGGUAAAGACCAGAGCAGUUUCCGGAAGCCAUUAAUAAGUGGUUAGAUACAGAAAAGCACCUUUAAAUAGAGAAUUGGAUUUCCCCUUUACUUCUCCUUUCCAGAAUAUCAAUGGUUUCUCCCCACGGAACAAAAGAGGAAAUUUCUAGACAAUAUCUUACUCGUUGGAAGGGUUAAUUUAUUCCUAAUUUUGUAGCAGGCAGUGGACAGGCAGCAGGCAUUAAAAGCAUUGAUUUUUUUUUGGGGGGGGGGUAAAAUGUCUUCAAUACAAGCCACAUUCUCAUUGUGAGAACUUUAAUACUUAACGGAGUGCUUCAAAGGUUUUACUCAAACCACAAAUUACAGAAUCCACCCAAGGAAAUGUGUCCGGUCAGCUUUCUGGGAUUCUCAUCUAACAGUCCUCUGGAUCCCUCCCCUCUGUUGUUUAACUCAAUGAUCUAUAGGGUUGACCUUUUUAAAUUCCUGGGAUACAUUUUCGAAUAUUAAACCCUUUAUCUUUAAAGGGAAUUUGUAAUCUGCUAUUCAAAGUCAUUUCUUUGAUGAGCCCUGAAAUCCUGUUGACUUCACCGCUUGCAGUGAGGCCCACCCUUCUUAGGGAGUGAAGUGGAUGUGAAAUGUCCCCCUUCGUCCUGCUUGCCAUAGGAUGCUAAUCUCCGUUUGUGGCCUCUGGAAUUCAGGGAGACAAGUCGCUGACUAAUGCCUUAAAUUUUUACUUAAUACUUUAAAAGCAGAUGGCAGAUUCAAAAAAUUAUCAGGAAGGUUGACCGCAGUAAUCUUCAGAAUUAAUCCUUUUUCAAUUUUUUAAUUAGAUUUUCCUUUUUUUUUUUUUUUUUGAGUAAGGACUGAUGUCUGUUAUUGAUAUUGUCUGAUAUUGUGUUACUGAUAUUCAUUCAGUAAUCACAUUGGCGUCAUUUCCAUAGGAGGUAAUUUCCAUAGCAACUAAUCACAGUGACCCAAACAGGAUUAUAAAUUGAAUGGGGGGAUAAAUAGCAAGAGGAUGAAUAUCUUAAACGGACAAAAAGAAAAAUCCACUUUUUAUAAUAACCCCUUUUGUAAACAAGAGUAGCGGAACAGUUUUAAAAUGUCAUCAGAAUUUCCAAGCAAACUUCCCAGAGGGUAUUUGCACCAGUUCUGAAAAGUCCAGGACCUCCCACGCCCUAACGGGUACCAUAAUCCAUCACGCUGAAGGAAUGAGUUCUGUCAAUCUGGAUGGGAACUACGCCCACGUAAAAUGGCCAACCGAGGUAUUGAUGGGACCAACCAUUCACCGUUUUUAGAUAGCAGAGGGGAAUAGUUCGUCUGUCUGUUGCUUGCCCAGGAACCCCCAGUAAAAAGGGGAACCCGGGUCCAGUGACACACAGCCCUUGUGAAGGUCGAGACUCCUACGCCCAUGGAAACCCGAAGAAUAGAUGGGUGUGGUUUUGUUUUUGUUUUAAUCUAACUGAAAGGGUCUGGGAAGUUUUGGUGGUAAUUACCAUUUCUUUGCUUUCUUUUUAUACUUAUUUUAUGUAUAUGAGUACACUGUGGCUGUCUUCAGACACACCAGAAGAGGGCAUCAGAUCCUACCAUGUGGGUACUGGGACUUGAACUCAGCACCUCUGGAAGAGCAGUCUCUUAGCCGCUCAGCCAGCUCUCCAGCCCCAGUAAUUGCCCUUUCAAUACAUCAAAGUACGUUGUUUUAUUGCUUAAAAAAUGCCUCUGUUAGCCCUUGGCGACAUCUUCAACAAUUCUUAUGAACUGUUGAUGGAACCUCUUUUUUGUUUGUUUGUCUAAGUUAGAAAGUGCUGCUGGCAAAAUUGUUUCUGAUCCCUGGCACCCAAGUGCCCCUACCUCGAGCCCCUGUGCCCCUCACUUGCUGCGUUCCUCUAUUCAAGCCUUCCGAUUUCUUGUACAAAUUACAGCUGGAAGAAUUUAAGGUGUGUGCGUGCGUGCAUGCAUGCGUGUGUGCCUGUGCCUGUGCCUGUGCCUGUGCCUGUGCCUGUGCCUGUGCCUGUGCCUGUGUCUCUUCCUGGAAACAUUCUGAAGGAGUUGUGUUCUUAGCAGGCAGCUUUGAACCAUGUCUGAAAUCAGCCUCCUUCCUUCUUGGUGGGUGAAAUUCUGCCCAAUCCCCACCAGUUAAAGGAGGUCCCCCUCUGUACCACUCUGCUCAUCAAAUACUAGGCCACACUCGCCCUACACAACAAAAGAGAAGCUGUCCUCUCUUUUACUCCUCCCUCCUAACUCUUCCCACCUUCCUUCCUCCUCUUCUCUCAUUCCGUCACAACUUAAAAGUGCUGAGAUACUGACUGGUGGAGGGAUGCAUCACGUGAUAGAAGAGGUGCGGCAGCUUCGUGUGUGUCCUUCCGAUUCGUUUCUUUGCUAUCAGAUCUUGAUAACAUUAUAAUUGGAGGAACUUAAUUAUGGUGCUUUCGAGGAUGCAAAGAUAACGUCUUGGGCAGUUGCAUCUACAUCUCAAGGUCUGUGCUAUAAAUUACACAAAUUAUAAAAUAAGUUUCCUUAUUUUGACAUCUUUCGAAGAGGAAGAACACCCUUUUAAACAUAAAUACGCACAUCUCAAGGUAAAAUCCACCAAAACACCAAACAUGGAUCUCACCACUCCAUAAACAACUUUUAAACAGAUAUGGCUACGUGUGUGGAAAACUAUACAUUCCUUACCAAUAUUUGUCCCUGCCUUUUAGGAGAAAAUGUCCCUCACCUAGCACUGUUCAUUAAAAAUCAGUAGGAGCUUAGAGACCACCAGUGCAAGGUAGGCAGGCCAUGCUGGCCAGUCUUCCUUUCAGGUACCUCAGACCUACUGUGAAGUUAAUUAAUUCAGUUCAAAAUGAAAUUAUAGGGGCAUUUGGUGGAGUUUGUAUUCAGUGGCCAUUUAAAUGCAAUCGCCUGUACAACUCAGCAGGGGCAGCCAUGUUAGAGAUGCAGCAGAUGCGGGGGCGGGGGGGUAGGUACAGGUGUGCUUCUUGUGGUGAAUUGUAUCUCCUGACCAGAACUUUCCAGAACUCACGGAUACACUCAAGAGGGAGUUGGUGGGUAGCAGUUAAGGUGCAAUUAAUGACCAUUUGCAUUCUGGCAGUUGUCUUCUCCGCCCUGUUAUGUUUCAAUAGCAUUUCUAGACAGGCGGGGGGGGGGGGUGCUUCCCUUUAGUCUCAGUGGCAGGGAGGCAGAGGCAGGCAGAUCUCUGAGUUCGAGGCCAGCCUGCUCUAUGGACUGAGUUCCAGGAUAGCUACACUAAGAAACCCUGUCUUGAAAAACCAAAAGGAAAAAGCAUUUCUAUUUUAAAUUUUUUAUCGAGAUAUUUCUCUCUCUCUUUCUCUCUCUCUCUCUCUCUCUCUCUCUCUCUCUCUCUCUCUCUCUGUGUGUGUAUGUGUAUGUGCGUGCAUGUACAUGCAUGCAAACAUGUGCGCCCAUGGAGGCCAGAAGAGGUCCUUGGACCUCGUGGAACCGAAUCACAGGUGAGCCUCUCUCAGUAUGGCUGCGAAAGAACUCCUGCGGGAAGAGCAAGUUCUCGUAACGUCUGUACCAUCAUCUAUCCAGCCCAAAACGUGUGUUAACUACUUUGUUAUUGUUAAUAACAGUUCCACGAACACUGUUGUUAUACAUUGUGUAUCUCAUCAACCCUGGGUGAAAAUAGCACUUUUGAGUUUUUUUUAAAUGGACUUUUUUUUUCUUUUUAAAACGUUAUUUAUUUGUUUACGUAUUAGCUGUAUGUGUCUCCGACCACAAAGGAAGCCAGGUGACAACCUGCGGGAGUCAGUUCUCUCAGUUCUCUCCUUCUAUCAAGUGGGUCCUUCCAAUGGAACCCAAUUCCUGUGUUUAGUGGCAAGCGUCUUUAUCCACUGAGCCAUCGGCCAGCCCCCAUCUUUGACUUUUUAAAUGGCAGAAUUUCAUUUGAAAGUAGAUUGUAUUCUUUUUCUAACUUGUUGAACUGUGUUCCUUUAACCAUAUGUGGAUCAAAUGUUUGGAUUAAAAAAUAGUACUUCUAUCAGACUUUUUGUUAAUGAUCAAAGGUACUUGAGUGUAAUCUAAGUCACAUAAUUAAAACCUGUGUAGUAAUUAAAGGACUUGAUUCGUGAAGACA